UCAUUAGACUUUCACCAACUCAUCAAAUAUACACAUAUACAAAAACACACACAAAAGUUACAUCUUCUUUAAUAUUUUGGACUUUUUCUUGAUUGAUCAUAUAGAUUUCAGGAAACUUUUUAUUUGGUUUGUUGGUCUCUGAUCUUUGUGUUGGAUAUUAAAAAGUUUAUAUAUACAUAUAUAAGAAGAAGAAUGGCAACAUAUGGUGGGACAACACAAAAAUGUAAGGCUUGUGAGAAGACUGUUUAUUUGAUGGAUGAACUAACUGUUGAUAAUAAAGUUUAUCACAGGGCUUGUUUUAAAUGUCACCAUUGCAAAGGCACUCUCAAGUUGAGUAAUUACAGCUCUUUCGAAGGAGUGUUAUACUGUCAACCUCACUUUGACCAACUCUUUAAAAUGACCGGCAGUUUGGAUAAGAGUUUCGAAGGUGCCCCUAAAACUGCUAGAUCUUCUGACCAGGGCCAAUCUAACAGCAGAGUAUCAAGUAUGUUUGGUGGGACUCAGGACAAGUGUGUUACUUGCAAGAAAACCGUCUACCCCCUUGAAAAGGUGGGAGUCGAUGGAAAUGCAUACCACAAGGCCUGUUUCAGGUGCAGCGUCGGUGGGUGUCACUUAAGUACAUCAGACUACGUGACACAUGAGCAUCAACUUUACUGUAAGCACCAUCACGCACAAGUCUUCAUGACAAAGGGAGAUUUCAGCCAAUUUGACAAGCAACAUGAACCACAAAACGGAGAACCAAAUGGGGUGACUGAGAACACAACAGAAGACUGAUAACCUGAUGUUUUUGCAUCUAAUGUUGUUCAAAAAAGAUAUUACAAGAUUUGAACUUUUUGACUACACGCGUGUGUUGAGUGAAUAACUUUGUCAUUUUUAAAUAAAUGUGUGUUCGAGUUGUAACAUUUUGUAUAAAACGAUUGAGGAUGUGUUGUGAUUGUGAUUAUAUGAGGCUUUGGAGUGAA